AUGACCUACGACUUGAAGACAAACAUUCUGGAGGCCUUUGAAAUCCAACCUACUUCCAGUCACUCGGAUUUGCUUGAUAAUUUUGAUCCGCAAGAUGACCUCCCUGAGGCUUCGCAGCCUCCGGAAAUUCAAACACAGCUAGAAAGGUACUUUGGUCGCAAACUGAUAUUCAGCGGGAUUAGGUUUAUCAAUAUGAUCUCGGGGGAUCAUCAGCUUGAGGAACCCAAACAAUUUUUGGGGGGCAUCAUUGCAGAUCCUAUGGGGCUUGGGAAGACUCUGACCAUGAUUGCCCUUGUUGUAGCAACUGUGCGAGGACAUAACGGUGAAGGUUUUCGAUUGCAAGGAAGCCCGGCCGACGGUGAAAACAACAACCCUACAUUGAUCGUGGUUCCACCGCCCUUGUUGGAUACCUGGGAGGAACAGCUAUCACAGCAUGUUGUGCCAGGGAGCCUAGCAUGGUCCCGACACCAUGGCAAGACCCGUCUAUCGGACGUAUUGGGAUUGAAAAAAUUCGGUCUAAUUCUGACUACAUACCAUACAAUAUCGGCUGAAUGGAAAAAUGGAAAGCAGGCACAUCAAUCUAUCAUUUUCUCUACACGAUGGAAACGCUUGAUCCUCGAUGAAGCACAUUUUAUCCGUAACAGCAACUCGCAAAUGGCCAAGGCGAUUUGCGCCGUGCCUGCCAUCGCGCGAUGGGCAGUGACGGGCACACCUAUCCAAAAUCGUCUAGGAGACCUAGCUGCACUUUUCAAAUUUCUUGAUGUCUAUCCUUACGGAGACAUUAGACGCUUUGAUACAGAUAUUACUAACUUAUGGAAAUCUGGCGAAUCCCAAAAAGCCGUAGAGAGACUGAAAAGGCUAUCGAGAUGUGUCAUUCUACGGAGACCCAAAACCAUGAUCAACCUACCUACGAGAAAGGAUGUACGAUGUCCAGUGAACUUUACAGCGGACGAAAGAGAUCUGUAUGAGCGCGUCAAACACCAGGCUAUUGCGCAUCUUGCAGAGGCCUCGACGAGUUAUGGCCAAGGCGAGACAUCACAAUCAGUAUCUUUCGUCAACGUUAUCCAGCAGAUUAAUGCGCUACGCAUGAUAUGCAAUCUGGGCCUCCAUUAUGGUUCUCGCCACGAAACUAAGGCAUCGGAAUAUCAAAUUCAUUCAUCUGAAAGUGUACAUUGGGCCAGCAUGGCGCAGCAGGCGUUUAAUUUCCAAUGGUUGCCCUCGAAGGUCACCUCCCUGGUGGCACAACUGAAGUCUCAGCCUCCCAAUGUGAAAAGUAUCGUUUUCUCCACAUGGAGAAUGUCUUUGGAUAUCGUCGAGGCAGGUCUCAACGAGGCGGGAAUUCCAUGCCUGCGAUUUGAUGGGAAAGUUCCACAAAAGGAGAGGAAAAGCGUGAUUGACAAAUUUAAACACCACCCGUCUGUUUCAGUUUUACUAUUGACUUUGUCAUGCGGUGCUGUUGGAUUAACUCUGACCGAAGCUUCAUGUGCAUAUCUCAUGGAACCACACUGGAACCCUACUGUCGAGGAACAGGCACUCGCUCGAAUUCAUCGGCUCSGCCAGAAGAAGGAAGUAACGACCGUCCGCUUCUAUGUCAAGGACACAUUUGAAGAGCGCGUGAUGGAACUCCAACGUUCUAAAGAUGAGUUGGCCGGCACAAUCUUCUCUUCUGACAACGCACAGUCAGGGAAUGCUACGCGUUUGGAGCACCUUUGCAGUCUUUUAUAA